UAACCAUAACCUAGAAUGUCAAAUGAUACACCGAACUUAGGGAGUGAAGGAUUCGAAAGUGUAUACCAUUCAGAACUGAAUGAAUGAUCUGGGGCAGGUUGUAUCGUUAGUUUCAAGAAGCUAUCGAUCGUUUUCAGACUACUGUAACAAGCUAAAUUUAUAAAAAUGCUGGCUGAACGAGUUGUCUUAUCAAAUUUAGUAAAAUGGAAACUGAGCACCAUUGUACGACAUUUGCACCAUCCCAGCAAAAUUCGAAAUAUUGGAAUCUUGGCGCACAUAGAUGCAGGCAAGACAACAACGACUGAACGUAUGCUAUUCUACUCCGGAAAGACAAACAUUCUGGGUGAGGUGCAUCAUGGAACCACUGUAACCGACUAUUUGGCCCAAGAACGUGAACGAGGAAUAACAAUCUGUAGUUCGGCUGUGUCGUUCGACUGGAAAGAUUGUCGCAUUAAUUUGCUUGACACGCCCGGUCAUAUAGACUUCACGAUGGAAGUGGAGCAAUCAUUGAGCGCAGUCGAUGGUGUUUGCAUCAUAUUGGACGCGUCAGCUGGUGUUGAAGCUCAAACACUCACCGUAUGGUCGCAGGCGGAUCAACAUAAGUUGCCACGGAUUGCUUUUGCCAAUAAAAUGGAUCGAUCGGAUGCAGACUUUGCGGGAACAGUCGAGGAUUUGAAGAAGAAAUUGAAUGCAGUACCGGCUGUGUUGCAGUGGCCAGUGAAAGAGAGUGGAAAAUUGAAGGGAAUAGUGGACAUAGUCAGUCAACAACAGUUGAUCUUUGAAAACGAAGGACGGAAAUGCUUAAUCGUUCCACUGAAACCAGACAUGGAAGCUUUUAUAAAGGAAAAACGCAGUACACUCAUCGAUACAAUAUCCGGUUUCGACGACGACUUAGCUGAGGCUAUUAUAUCGAAUGACAGCCUUGACAACAUCAGCUCUAUAGACUUGUCAAAUGCAAUUCGUCGAGCCACAAUUAACCAGAAAGUUGUCCCCGUUCUUCUCGGAUCUGCGUACAAAAACACUGGAGUACAGCCGCUUAUGAAUGCUGUUGUAGACUACCUCCCCUCACCAGAAGAACGAAAUUCGAACUACGAUUGUUUUGAUAAAGACUUCGUUGGUAAAGUGUUUAAAGUAACGCAUGACAAGCAAAAAGGUGCACUGAGUUUGGUACGAAUAAUCAACGGUAAAUUGCGUAAAGGAUCAAAGGUGGUGACUUCACGGGGUACCAACGAAAAUGUUCCAAAAUUGUACGAAGCUUUGGCUGACGAAUACCGAGAAAUACAAGAAAUUGGCGAAGGUGACAUCGCAGUUUGUGCCGGAUUGAAAAGUACCUGCACUGGCGACUUGUUAGUUACUACUGUGUCUUCCCUCAAAUCCGCACAGAAAAAGCUUCAAAAGAAGAUGAAGAAAGAACUUGCUCCCAUUUCGGAACCGAUAGAUCCUACGGAAGAAGUAUCGAAUUUUGAGUUUAUUUCAAGUACACUCGGACUUGCACCGAAAACUCCGGACGCCGUUUAUUUUUGUUCAGUCGAACCACCCAGUAUUUCCUAUCAAUUGGCAUUAGAGAAUGCGCUGAAGCAACUUCAACGAGAGGAUCCCAGUCUUCGGGUUACUUACGACGAGAUAACCAUGCAAACCGUUUUGGGUGGAAUGGGUGAAUUGCAUUUGGAUAUUGUCAGAUCGAGACUGAUGAGCGAAUUUAAAAUCGAUGCUGACCUGGGACCGUUACAAAUUGCUUACAAAGAAACACUCGAACAGGAUGCACGGGAUACGUUUCAAAUGGAAAAGGAUAUCGCUGGCUCAAAACAGUCGGUUACGAUUGAUAUGUCGCUGGUGAAAGACGGCACAGAGACGUUUAGCAUCGACACAUCACCAGAAGCUACUCUGAAUAUGCAAUUAGUGAGACCUCGUUCGAUGAAUGUGUUUAGGAAAGGUGCCAUCGCUGCUCUGGACAGAGGCCCGAAAAUAGGAGGAAAUAUCAUCAACACACAAAUCAUUUUACAUAAUUUACAAAUUGGUCGAGGCACGGCCGAUUCCUUUCUGAUGUCAGCUGCAACGCAAUGUGUUCAAAAGAUUUUAUUAAAAGGUGGACUUCGACUACUGGAGCCGAUAAUGUCCAUCGAAAUCGUUGCUCCCGCUGACCGAAUGUCGCAAAUUUUGUCGGAUUUAUCGAAGCGACGAGCCACCAUUUUAAACGUUGAAUCGAAAGGUGCAUUCAAUAAGGUGGUCAGUGUACUAGCACCACUUGCUGAAUUAAGCGGUUAUUCGACUGUCAUUCGAACGAUAAGUUCGGGUGGUGCAUCGAUGAACAUGCAACCACAUGGGUACGCAGAUAUGAAUCCAUUCGAAGAAUCGUCAGCCAUUCGACGAGCCCAAGGCUUAGAAUGAUGAUUUGUUCAAAAUUAAAUGUGGAGAAUGUGAUUUAGAGAAAUCAAUUGCAAUAAAAGCUAUAAAUGUAAUACAAGACUAAAUUACUGGGGAUUUAGUAAUACAAGACGUUCAGUUAAUUGGUUACAAAUAAAUGUUAACAAAAUGAA